AAUCUAUUAGAUUCCAUUUGAAUCUAAACAUUAAAUAAAAUAAUUUUAAACGCUACUAGCAAAAGGGUUGAUAUUCUCGAAAUUCUAAUUACAAAGAGGUGUUCAACACAUAUUGUUAUGAACUGAUGCAGAAAAUGAAGAUGAAAACGAAACCGUCGAGGAAACAUAAAAGUUUCUUUUCAGUAAUGAGUGAAACUUUUGAAGAUUUUGUUGAGAAUACAAGUAUACAUGGUUUUAAGUAUAUUAGAAAAGUUGGGGCAACAGAGAAAAUAUUUUGGACGAUAGUUUUGAUCAGCGGGUUGUUUAGUGCAAUAUACAUGACUUUUCUUUUCUGGGAACGUUAUAUAACGAAUUCUACGAGAACUACUAUUAAAACUAUGUAUGCUCCAACUACUACUAUUCAAUUUCCAGCAGUGACUAUUUGUAAUGUUAAUGGAAUACUGAAAGACAAAUUGAAUAUUUUCUUGGAAAGUUUAAAUAUCGACGAACAUGAUUUACCUGUAAUCCGUGACUCUUUCAAACAAUUAUUAAGUUUUACUGAUCCCUCAGCUGUCGAUUAUAAUAAAACUCAAAUUGACAUUCUUCAAGACGUGUUAGACACCCACCAUUACAACGUGUCAUACGUUAUGCAAAAAUUAACACAAAAUUGUUCGGAAAUGUUUAAAUUUUGUUCUUGGAACGGCAAACAAUUCGACUGUCCUGUUUUAUUCCAAGAAAGCUUAGCCGUCAAUGGUUUCUGUUGCUCUUUCAAUUACAUGCCUAAUUCUGAGUUAUAUACAUUAUACAAUGGUAUGAAUACUGGAAUUUUAGCAAUAUUGAAUACAACACCCUAUUCUGAACAGUAUUCUUCAUUCAAUUUCCAGGGAUUCAAGGUUUUUAUUCACGAUCCAAUGGAAUAUCCAGUACUGCAAUCAAUUACAAGAAUGGUGACAGCUGGAACAGUUACUUAUCUUCAAAUAUAUGCCUCGAAGAUGACUUACAGUGAAGCGGUAGCUGCUUUACCCUUUACUGAAAGAAACUGUGCGAUUCCAGAAGAGAGAUUAUUGAAAAAUUUUCCAACGUAUACAUCUUCCAAUUGUUUAGCCGAAUGUGAAGCAUCUUACUAUUUCAGAAAGUGUAAUUGCGUACCAUAUUAUUUCAAUUUCAUAGGACCAGCUCAAUGUAACGUAUCACAGAUUGACUGUAUAUUGGAGGUUCGUAAAGCUGGCCUGGACUCUUCUGAAAUUUGCGACUGUCCUAUACAAUGCGAAGACGAUUUCUACGGUGUAUUUUCGACACAAACCAAAUUUGAAUUCAAUCAAAAUUAUGACAUGCAGGCGUACUCAAAUGUGGAUAUAAAUCAUGAUACGAUAUUGCUGAAUGCUUUUUUCAUCGAACAAACACAAACUGUGUACUUAAGAGACACAAUAUUUUCUACAAUUUACUUGUUAUCUUCUUUCGGCGGAGUUUACAGUCUGUUUCUUGGAUGCAGUUUAAUAACAGUGAUAGAAGUGAUUUAUUACGGAACAGCGAGGUUGUUCAUUAACUUAAAAAGAUUCGAAAGAGCAUCAGAAGAGACCGCUAGACGAAAAACGCACAUCGCUACACUUCAAUUUCCCAAAUUGGAUAAAUCUACGACUAUGGAUUUCACUUGCACUUAUGUACCCUAGUUGUAAUUUGUUAUUUUCAAUGAUAUAUUUCAGUUAAUAGCAUUUGAAGUUACGAUGCAAUAAACAUUUAAUAAAAAUAACAUAUGAGUAGUGAAA